UGACUUCACAACGGACAGAUCCCGUGAUUCCAUCUUCAAUAUGUUGAUCAUGGCUCAGCGCCGUCUGCGGCUUAACUGUACAAGGAAAGACACAAUUAUUCAUUAUUUCUUAAUUCCCGGACCCCACAUUCCCUCUAUCCGCUCUCCCCGGACCCCACAUUCACUAUAUCCGCUCUCCCCCGGACCCCGCAUUCACUAUACCCGCUCUCCCCGGACCCCGCAUUCACUAUAUCCGCUCUCCCCGGACCCCGCAUUCACUAUACCCGCUCUCCCCGGACCCCGCAUUCACUAUAUCCGCUCUCCCCGGACCCCGCAUUCACUAUACCUGCUCUCCGCGGACCCCGCAUUUACUAUAUCCUCUCUCCCCAGACUCCGCAUUCACUAUAUUCGCUUUCCCUGGACCCCGCAUUCACUAUAUCCGCUCUCCCUAGACCCCGCAUUCACUAUAUCCGCUCUCCCUAGACUCCGCAUUUACUAUAUC